AUGCAAUACGUCCGCUCCAUUUCGGGUUCCGUCUCCAAGACGUGGAACAGCCUGAACCCGGCCACCCUGUCCGGCGCCAUCGAUGUCAUCGUUGUCGAACAAGAAGAUGGUUCCCUGGCAUGUUCGCCCUUUCACAUUCGCUUCGGCAAAUUCAGCUUAUUACGGCCGUCAGAGAAAAAGGUGGAAUUCAGUGUCAAUGGCGACAAACAGGAGUUCCCAAUGAAGCUGGGUGAUGGCGGCGAGGCCUUCUUUGUAUUCGAGACAAAAGAGAGUGUGCCAGAGGCAUUACAAACGAGUCCGCUGGUCUCGCCGGCGACGAGUCCACACCUAGGUGUUGGAGGAUCAUCACCUGCACCGAGCCUACAAGAGCCAGAUCAUUUCGAACUCGAAGGUCGAAGCGAGACAUCAUCGCAGGAAUUCCCUCCCAAUCGAGAUCGAAGAGGAACGCUAGAAGGUAUUCGCGUACCUCCAUCAGGACAGCGGACACGGAGCGAUGCUGGUGCCUUCACGAUGCUCUCUCAGUCGGCCAUCGACCCCCCAAGGCGAUCGCUCUCGGGUGAUUUCUCGGCGUACAUGCACCCCAAAUUGGAGCGCGCACCAUCUGACAGCGUCGUUCCAGCCGCUAAGGAUGCCAUCGAUAAUGCACUUAUGAGCAGCGAGGCAGUGGGCCCCUCCCGUUCCGACAGAGGGUCAACAUCAUUGCAGCUUGAGUCCGAGAGGCCGUCAAGCCCAACUGCACAAGAGUCGGAAGACGCCAAGCUACGCGCGAUGAACUUGUCAAAGAAACUAUGGACAUCCAAUAUCAGCAAUCAUGUGACUGAGACGGGCGACCUUAUGCUGGACAUGACGGGCUACAAAAGUGGGAACAUGGAGGCGUUACAAGCAGAGGGUAUCGCUCGCCAGCUGCUGUCGGAAGAGCUUGAGGGACCAUAUGACAUUGGUUCCCUGAUCGGGGCCGAUGACAAAGGCAACAUAUGGAUUUACAGCAGUGAAGAGGCGAAAGAGGCAGCGAACAAGAAGGCGGCCGCGAAUGCCCUAGGCAGCUUCAACCCGGCAGGUUUCGUUUCAACAGACGCCAUCUCUGACCCUGGAUACCACAGCGACGAUGCGAGAAGUGACGGAAAGCAGGACUAUGCCGGCUCACACAGUCGUCGCGAUUCUGACAGUGCUGUUGGCUUGCCCUCGCCAUCUACCUCUCCUACCACCGCAGGCGACCCAAACAAGAACUACGCCAAAACCCUCCGGCUCACUUCCGACCAGCUGAAGACUAUGGGUCUGAAGUAUGGUGCGAACGAGAUGGCCUUUACGGUCAACCGAGCGACGUGCAAAGCUACCCUAUGGUACUGGAAGCACAACGUGCCGAUUGUGAUUUCCGACAUUGAUGGCACAAUCACCAAGUCCGAUGUCUUAGGACAUGUCCUGACCCAACUGGGACGAGACUGGACGCACUCUGGUGUAGCAAAGCUUUACACGGAAAUCGCCGCGAACGGAUACAAUUUUCUCUACUUGACCAGCCGUAGUGUGGGCUUGGCCGACACGACGAAAGCGUAUCUAGAUGGUGUGGUCCAAGACGGAUAUCGCCUACCAAAAGGCGCCGUCAUUCUGUCACCAGAUCGGACAAUGGCCGCACUCCGGAGAGAAGUGUAUCUGCGCAAACCCGAAAUUUUCAAGAUGGCCUGCUGUCGUGACAUUAUGACAUUGUUCAUCGGACAGGGAGGCGCGGAAAACACAACUGAGGGUGCCAUUGAGGCUGGUCUGAAGCCUUCCAUCGACAAUCUACCCAAAUCGAAAUCGCCCUUUUACGCCGGCUUCGGCAAUCGAUUCACCGACGCCAUUUCAUACCGGUCCGUCGGCAUUCCCAGCACUCGCAUCUUCACAAUCAAUUCCAACUCGGAAAUUUCCCUAGACCUGCUCACAUUAAACAAGUACAAGACAGCCUAUAGCACGAUGCGAGAGAUUGUCGAUCAUUACUUCCCCCCUGUAGGACAAUUGGCCAUCAAUGAUUCAUAUACGGAUUUCACCUACUGGCGAGACAGGCCGCUAGACAUCGUCGACUUUACCGACAGCGAAAGCGAAGGCGACGAC